CUUCUUUCUAGUCCCAUCAAAACCACCACCAUGGAUAUCGCUAAACCCGUUGGUUCUGAAAUCACUUCCGUUGAUUUUGGGUUUUUGACCGCCGCCGAGAUCAGAAAGCUCUCGGCCAAGCAAAUCACCAACCCGACUGUCUUUGACAAUUUGGGCCACCCGAUCACCGGGGGUUUAUACGACUUGUCCCUUGGGUCGUUCUUGAGAAACCUCUGUGCCACCUGUGGAUUGGAUGACAAGUUUUGUCCGGGGCACCAGGGUCACAUUGAGUUACCGGUUCCGGUCUACAAUCCAUUGUUCUUCAACCAGUUGUAUCUCUUCCUCCGCUCAUCCUGUCUCUACUGUCACCACUUCCGCUUCAAGGCCUUGGAAGUUCACCGCUACCAGUGCAAGUUGAAGUUGAUCCAAUACGGUUUGUUGUUGGAGUGUCUUGACGUCGAUAACAUGCACUUGGCCGGGUCCGACGGCUCAGACGAAGCCGAAGAGGGCGAGGAGGCCACCUACAAGAUCACCUCCCCAGACGCCGAGAGAGACUUGAGAGAGCGCCGUGAAUUCUACGUGGACUCCUGCAUCGCCAGGGCUUUGAGCGAGGGCAGAACCACCGAACACGGCACCGUCACCGCCACCGUUGGUGAGGAACGCAAGCAGUUGAUUUCGGAAUUCUACAAGAAGUUGCUCUCGCGUCCAAAGUGUGAUAACUGUGGAAUGUACUCCCCAACCUUUAGAAAGGAUGGUUUCACAAAGAUCUUCGAGAACGCCUUGAAGGACAAGCAGGAGACCAACAACAGAGUCAGGGGCUUGCUGCGCCAGGAUAUGAUCAAAAAGGCCUCUGCCGACGCUGUCAGCGUGCCUAGCGUCAAACCAAAGGCUGGUUCCAAGUACGUCUUGUCCACCGAGAUCAGAAACAUUCUCCGCUCCGUGUUUAGAACCGAAAAGGCCAUGAUGCACUACCUUUUCCACUCUAGACCAUCCGAGAUCACCCAAGUUGAUGCAGACAUCUUCUUCAUCCAUGCCUUGGUUGUGCCACCGACCAGAUUCAGAUUGCCAUCCAAGUUGGGUGACGAGGUCCACGAGAACUCGCAGAACGAGCUUUUGUCCAAGGUUUUAACCACCGCAUUGUUGAUCAGAGACUUAAACGAGCAGAUCUCUACCCUCCAGAAGGACCAGAUCACCACCGAAGAGCGCAAGAUCCUCUUCAACCGUUUGAUGAACUCGUUCGUGACCAUCCAGAACGACGUCAACGCCUUCAUCGAUUCCACCAAGAACCAAAACGCCCCAGCCGGGAAAGUGCCACCACCGGGUAUCAAGCAGGCAUUGGAGAAAAAAGAAGGGUUGUUCAGAAAGCACAUGAUGGGUAAGCGUGUUAACUACGCCGCCCGUUCGGUCAUUUCUCCGGAUCCGAUGUUGGAAACCAACGAGAUUGGUGUGCCUCCGGUCUUUGCCGUCAAAUUGACCUACCCAGAGCCGGUCACCGCCCACAACGCCUCCGAGUUGAGGCAGGCGGUGAUUAACGGCCCAGACAAGUGGCCGGGUGCUAUACAGGUGCAGAACGAAGACGGCACUCUAGUGUCGCUUAUCGGGAUGGACUUGGACCUGAGAAAGGCCCUUGCCAACCAGUUGUUAACACCUUCAAAUGGGUUCACCGUGGUUAACAAGAAGGUCUACCGUCACAUCAAGAACAACGACGUGGUGCUCAUGAACCGUCAGCCAACCUUGCACAAGGCCUCCAUGAUGGGACACAAGGUCAGGGUCCUUCCAGGUGAGAAGACCUUGAGACUCCACUACGCCAAUACCGGUGCCUACAACGCUGAUUUCGACGGUGAUGAGAUGAACAUGCAUUUCCCGCAGAACGAAAACGCCAAGGCCGAGGCCCUCCACUUGGCUAACACCGACUCGCAGUACCUCACCCCAACUUCUGGUGCUCCGCUUAGAGGUUUGAUUCAGGAUCACAUUUCGGCGGGUGUCUGGUUGACCUCCAAGGACUCCUUCUUCACCAGACAGGAGUACCAGCAGUUAAUCUACGGCUGUUUGCGUCCGGAGGAUGGGCACACCACGAGCUCGAAGAUCAUCACUAUCGCUCCAGCUGUGAUCAAGCCACAGGCUCUUUGGACCGGUAAGCAGGUUAUCACUACCAUGUUACUCAACAUCAAGCCUGAGGGUAUGCCAGGUCUCAACUUGCUCUCCAAGAACAAGAUCAAGAGCGAGUACUGGGGUGAGGGCUCCACUGAAAACGAGGUUAUCUUCCAGAACGGUGAGUUAUUGUGCGGUAUUCUCGACAAGUCGCAGUACGGUGCUUCCCAGUACGGUCUUGUGCACUCGCUCCAUGAAGUCUACGGACCGACCGUUGCUGGUAAGGCCAUGUCUGUUCUCGGGAGAUUGUUUACCAACUACACCAUGACCAAGGCUCUUACCUGUGGUAUGGACGAUUUGAGACUCACCAACGAGGGUAAUGCCUGGAGAAAGGACAUCUUGAAGGCGUCCAUCGAUAUUGGGAGAUCUGCCGCUGCCGAAGUGACCAACUUGGAGUCCGACACCAAGAGUGACGACAAGGAGUUGUUGAAGCGUUUGGAAGAGAUCUUGAGAGACGACAGCAAGUUGGGGAUUUUGGAUGCCAUCACCCAGUCCAAGGUAAACACCAUCACCUCUGCUGUGGUUGCCAAGUGUGUACCAGGUGGUACCAUGAAGCGUUUCCCGUACAACGCGAUGCAGUCGAUGGCACUUUCCGGUGCUAAGGGUUCCAACGUCAACGUUUCCCAGAUUAUGUGUCUUUUGGGUCAACAGGCCUUGGAAGGUAGAAGAGUGCCAGUCAUGGUUUCCGGUAAGACCUUGCCAUCCUUCAAGCCGUUCGAGACCGAUGCCAGAGCCGGUGGCUAUAUCAAGGGCCGUUUCUAUUCCGGUAUCAGGCCUCAGGAGUACUACUUCCAUUGCAUGGCCGGUCGUGAAGGUUUAAUUGAUACCGCCGUCAAAACCUCCAGAUCCGGUUAUUUACAGCGUUGUUUGACCAAGCAAUUGGAGGGUGUCCAUGUCACGUACGACAACACCGUCAGAGAUGGUGAUGGUACCUUGAUCCAGUUCAUCUACGGUGGUGACGCCGUGGAUGUCACCAAGGAAUCACAUAUGUACCAGUUCAAGUUCUGCGCCGACAACUACGACUCCUUGUUAAACAAGUACAACCCAGGUGAGCUCAUCCAACACUUGGACACUGAAACCGCCUUGGCUUACACCAAGAAGGUCAGAAAGCACUUGAAGAAGAACAAGGACCUCCCACAUUACCUCCAGACUGAAAAGUACGAUCCUUCCUUGUCGAUGUACAAUCCUUCCAAGUACUUGGGUUCCGUUUCCGAAAAGUUCCAGACCGAAUUGGACUCCUUCAUCGACAGUAACGCCAACUUGUUUGCUUCCAAGAAGGACAAGGACUCCAAGAGCUUGACCGAGAAGAAGUUCAGAGCCUUGAUGCAGUUGAAGUACAUGAGAUCGUUGAUCAACCCUGGUGAGUCGGUGGGUAUCAUCGCCUCCCAGUCUGUGGGUGAGCCAUCUACCCAGAUGACCUUGAACACUUUCCAUUUCGCUGGUCACGGUGCUGCUAAUGUUACCUUGGGUAUCCCUCGUAUGAGAGAAAUCAUUAUGACCGCCUCCUCCGCGAUCAAGACCCCACAGAUGACGAUGCCUAUUCUCGCGUCCGUUACCGACGAGCAGGCCAAGGUCUUCUGUAAGAACGUUGGGAAGGUUGUCAUGUCCGAGUUCAUCGACCACGUUGCCGUUACCGAAACUGCCGGUGCUUCCUCCGGUGGCGUGGCCACUAGAUCUUACGUCAUUAACUUGAAGUUCUACGCCAAGGCCGAGUAUGAGUCCGAGUACGAUAUUUCCCAGGACCAGUUAGAGCACUCCAUUAUAUCUUCUUUCUUGAGAAUGUUGGAGUCUGCCAUCAUCAAGCAGGUUAAGAAGCAGAAGAAGCCAUACACCGAGUCUGUUGGUAAGGCUGUUCCUAGAUCCCAGACUGAGGCUGCCCUCGGUUCGACCGUAGUUGAAGAGGAGGACGAUGCUGAUGAUGACAAGUUGAAGUCCAACACCAAGCAGGCAGUCUCUUACGACGGACCGGAUGACGAUGAGAUCGAGACCAUGAGAAAGGCUGAAAAGUCUGAGGAAGAGGAUUCUGGAUCUGACUCUUCUGAUUCUGAUUCUGAUUCUGAUUCUGAUUCUGAUUCUGAUUCUGAUUCUGAGAUGGAGGCUGUUACUGUCAAGCAAGCUUUGUCUCAAUUUGCCAAGGAACGUCAGCAGGAAGUCUUGACUGCCCACUCUUUGAUCACCAAGUUCAACUUUGAUGACGAAAAUGGUGAAUGGUGUGAGUUCAAGUUGGAGUUGCCAGCCGAAACUGACAAGAUCUUGAUGGUUAACAUUGUCGAGGACUUGUGUCGUAAGGUUGUUGUUAGAGAGAUUGCCCAUAUCGGUAGAUGUGUGUUCCCAGAACCUGAACAAGGCAAGAGAGUGCUUGUCACCGAGGGUGUCAACUUCCGUGCCAUGUGGGAGCAGGACGACUUUAUUGAUGUCAACGGGAUCAGAUCUAACGACAUUGCUGCCGUUUUGAGAACCUACGGUGUUGAGGCCGCUAGAAACACCAUUGUCUACGAAAUCAAUAAUGUUUUCGGCAGAUACGCCAUUACCGUGUCCAGCAGACAUUUAGACUUGAUUGGUGACAUGAUGACCAGAGAGGGUUCCUACUUAGCCUUCAACAGACAGGGUAUUGACUCCUCUACCUCUGCCUUCAUGAAGAUGUCGUACGAAACCACCUGCCAGUUCUUGACCAAGGCUGUUUUGGACAACGAGAGAGAAGAUUUGUUCUCGCCUUCCGCUAGAAUCGUCAUGGGUAAGUUGUCCAACGUCGGUACUGGUUCCUUUGACGUCAUGGCCAAGAUGGCUUGUGAUGUGUAAACUAGCCUAUAAGGGCUUCUUUUUCUAGACCUUUUACAUAUUUUUCCCUUUUAAUGCAUUCAUACUUUUAGUCAGAGGUAAAG